AUGCAUUACCUCCUGGAUCUAUGCGGUCAGGCUUGGGUCGAUGAUAUACGCAAGAUGGGCUUCGCUCGAACCCUCGACCAGCCCCGCAAAUGGUUUGACGAAGAAGGGAACAGACCCUCCCAGCUAACAACAUGCCUGAACCAAAACGGCGAGGAGAUGCGCAACUUGGUUGGCCGUUUUGGUGGAUAUCUCCUCGUGGCUGCCACCGUUGCUCUGACUGCGAUUAUCUGGAGCAUGGCCCUCUGCUGGAAGUUGACUCUUGUUGUUCUCGCUUGCGGCCCCGUCAUUUACGCUAUCACUAGAGGCUUCGAGAGAACGACUGGAUUAUGGGAGAGACGAUCUUCUGGAGCUAGAACCACGACAUCGGAGGUCUUCAUCGAGACCGUGUUUUCCAUGCUCCUAUUCGGCAUUGGAUAUGCAAGCGUGGUUCUUUCAUGGAUCCCUCAAAUUGGCACGUCACAGGAGAUGGCUAAUCAGCUCUUGCGCCUCGCGGAUCUCCCCAAAGGUAGCUCGCACGAGCAUAAGGGAACCCUCAAGGUCCGCCAAGUCGCACCAGUCAAGAUCACGGGGCUCAGCUUUCGGUAUCCAACCCGGUCCAACGCACUGGUGCUGAAAGACGUCUCCAUCACCAUUCCGAGAAGCUCAUGUACAGCGAUUGUUGGGCGUUCCGGGUCGGGGAAGUCCACAAUAACAUCGCUGCUUCUCAAUUUAUACGAGAGUCCGAAGUCAGCCCAAGGGUGGCCCACAAUUGCUUUAGGGGGCGUUGACAUUCAUCACGUGCACACUCCAACGCUUCGAUCUCUCAUCUCGAUUGUGUCGCAGCAGCCCUCUAUCUUCCCGGGGACGAUCCAGGAGAACAUAACUUACGGCCUUGAAGACUCGUCCCCACUCCACCAGAUUUACCAUGUACGCGCUGCCGCACAGGCAGCUGGGAUUGAUGAGUUCAUUUCAUCUCUGGCCCAAGGCUAUCUCACAGUUAUCGGUGACGGUGGCGUGGGUUUGUCGGGAGGACAAGCUCAGCGGCUUGUCAUCGCACGAGCCCUCAUUCGAAAGCCCCAGAUACUUAUCUUGGACGAGGCCACAUCCAGCCUUGAUCCCACUAAUGCUAAGAUCGUUCGCCAAACGGUGCAGCAGCUAGUCGCCGGACAACUUGGACUUACUGUGCUCAUCGUCACGCACGCAAGAGAAAUGAUGGAGAUUGCGGACAAGAUCGUCGUGCUUGAACAAGGUCGUGUGGUUGAGGACGGGCCAUUCGAAGAGCUGGCGCGCCGGAAUGGCGGGAAACUGAAGGCUUUGAUAGAGGACCCCUGCGAGGACGAUGAGACCAAUGCAUAAAACAGAGGUAAUGUUGUGCAAUAAAGGCUGCAUCGCUGGACGUGAGGCACCUGCGACGAAGAAGGAAGCGCUCAAUCGUCGAUUCUGUCUUUCCCGGAGGCUUUCGCUUUGACCGGCAUGAAAAGUCACCAAGCUAUCAUGUACAUACUUGUCGCUUCUUCAAUUCUCUUUGUUUCCAAAUAAGAUCUUGCUUGAUCCAAAGGAGGUAUAAAUCUGUAGCCAGACCAAGACCUCUAGAGGGCUGGGGUGGCCGGUAAGACUGGGUUGACGUUGUCGACACCUA